AUGAAGUCAAGCUCCCUCUUACUCCUGGCCAGUUGUUUCCUCGGCACGCUUGCUGCGAAAACCACUCAGACCGAUACGAAGAAACCCGUACCGGUGGAUGAUGGCAAGAUUGUAAUGCACCAGGUUUGUAACUCGGGAAGGGACGAUGCAGAGGUCUCUUCGCUGAGGAAAGAAGUGGAAAUGCUGAAAGAACGAUUGGACAAGAAUGAAGCCAAAGUAAAGGAGCGAUUUGUUGUCCGUAACACAUUGAGUAACUAUUUUAUAGACCCCUGGAUCAAGCUUAACACAGCCACGGUGUGUUUUGGCGCGAAAGGCGACCAGUUUGGCAAGUUCUCUGUUCCAGCCGGUGGCCGCUUGUUGGCAGUUAAACUUGUUCAUCUGCUUGGUUACGUCACGUGCGACAAGAACAAAGUCUACCACUGGUCUUACUGGGGCUGUGGUGCACAUAGCAGCUUGAGUGAUCAUGUCAAUGUUGCCAUAACAACUUCUACUAAUGGCGUUCUUUUGCCUCUGAGUCAAUUCAUCACGCAUAGCACUAAGUGGUCCAAGAUUCCCGGAUAUAACUCGCUGUCUCCUGAGCUCGUUCUGUCUGUGUUCUCCAGUCCCCUGACCGUUACCUCAGGACAAGUGCUACGCUUGUGGUAUGGUGAAGAUUUAGUGAAUCGCAGUGAAAGCGACAACGAUGGAACAUCUUGCUGUGACGUGUUUGCUCGUUUCAUGUAAACUUGCAUGAUCCGUCUUUUUUGAAGCCUGUGUUUUUAACCCGGUUUAACAUGAUUUUAAGGGAAUGGGUGUUGGUUUAAUUUUUUUAAAGUUCAAGCGAUUCGUUUUUGAUUUAAAAAAACAAAACAAAACAAAACAAAACAAAAACAAAAACAAAAACAAAAACAAAAACAAAAACAAACUUCAGAAAGUCAAUAAACUUACAUUGAAAUACUGACAUCCAGGGUGUUUACUCAUCAUUUAUCUUAUUGAUCAAUAUUUCGAUAACAAGUCCUAUGCUUAUAUAAUCAUAGUUAUUCAAAAUAAGCUUUUCGGUGAGUUUAUUUUCCAGUGUGCAUAUUGGUUUUGAUUUAUGCCUUUUUUUAAACAUGGCCGGAUUAUAUUUGAAAGGGACUCACAUUUAUCGGCUGAAACAUUUUAGUUCCACAUAAGAAGAAAACAUGUUAAAAUUAUCCAAGUGUAGCGAUGUUAAAUACAAAAUUUCUAUAGAACAAUCACACGGUAUCUGCUGAACACAAUACUUAGUCUAAAUUUGGGUACAAAUGGUAACCGUUCAUUGUGUAGCGCAGACUGUAGCAAGCCGAAUAACAAAGUUAACAAGCCGAAUAACAAAGUUUUGUUCAACAGCCAACCCUUGAAAAUAGCACUGGAUUAGUCUUGAACUGCAAAACCCAAAUAAAAGAGUUUGUCUGCAAUGUCUCCUAUGCUUAAAAUGCAUCAAAUUGGUGGUCACUGUCCUCGUUUCAGAGAUAAAGCAUGUGGAAAACUACCUUGAUUUUGAAAACUUGGCGC